GGGCAACCGGCGGCUGGUGUGUACACUGUAUGUUCCAUGUAAUGAUAUAGCCGGCAGUGUGAGCAACACGGAGAGGGGACCGGUGUGAAUUAUGGCUGACACAGAUAUUAUCCGUGUGUCGCCUGAGCUUCUCCCCGUGGACACUUCAGUUCAGUCAUCAGAAGAUGUAGAGACUCGUCCUGGGAUCAGCAAAUAUGGAGAAGGUGAAGAUGCAGAACACGGCCCGUCCUCCUCACCUGCUGAAGAACAUCUAGAUCUGAAACCCAAUUUAAAGCAGAAGCUUGUGCAGAGCCUGCUGAGCCCGGAGAUGUGGACAGCCGAGCUCGAUGCCGCCUUGGACCGCUUUGCAUCGGACGUCACACAGGAGACCCUGUCUGUGUAUUUUGACUCUCACACUGGCCUACAUGUAGAGCCCAAUAUGCCAGCACAGAACGUGGAGCAGUUAAUUUUCUUCAUCAGGAAGGAGCGGGUCCCUCUAACCCCUGAGAACCUGGAAGAGAACCUGCAGUUCGGGUCUCUGCGGGGGUCCUACAUUGUAAGCCUGCUGAGGAUCAUGAACGGCAUCUAUGCCCCCUACAUCUUCAGUGAUGCCAGCUGGCCUGAAAGCAUCCGAAAUGACUUUUUGGCCCAUUUCCACCGGUUCUUGGCAGCACUGACAGACACCAGGUAUAAACUGCAGGGACAUACUGUCCUGUACAUCCCCAUCGAAGCCAUGAACCUAAAAGCUGAGGAGGUUGUGAAUGACAAGGAGCUGGUUCAGAGGCUGGAGACUGCCAUGGUGCACUGGACUCGUCAGAUCAAGGAGGUCCUGAGUGCUCAGGAGGCAGUGGAGAUGCGGGAGAGCUCGGGACCUCUAGAGGAGAUAGAGUUUUGGAGAGACCGCUGUGCUGACCUGUCGGGGAUAAGCACGCAGCUGGACAAGCCUGGGGUGAAACACAUUGAGCGCAUCCUGGAGCUGGCCAAGUCCUCCUAUAUAGGGCCUUUUCAGAAGCUGUCCAAGCAGAUCCAGGACGGCUCCGUCCAGGCUCAGUCCAACUUGAGCUUCCUGUCUCUUCUGAAGCAACCAUUUGAAGAGAUGAUGUCCCUCAAGAUCAAGGAGAUUCCCAGCAAACUUCCUCAUCUCCUCAGCCUCGUCCGCAUCAUUUGGGUCAACUCGCCCUACUACAACACACGGGAACGCCUUACCUCACUUUUUCGGAAGAUAAGUAAUGAACUGAUCCGACUCUGCAGCCGAGAAAUCUCCUUGGAUCGGAUCUUUGAUGGUUACAUCACGUCAAGUCGCCACGUGUUACAGGACUGCAUCCAGUGCGGCGCGGCCUGGAAGGAGCAGUACACCAGGGCGGCACAGCUCCACCACAGGUUUUCCAAGGUUGGAUGGGUUCUGGACCAAACAAGCAUCUUUGCUCAAGUGGAUGCCUUUAUACAGCGCUGCAAAGAUCUCCUGGAGGUAUGUUUGUGUCAGCAGCAGUUUGGGCGCUGGGAGGAUGGAGAACAAACCCCACUUCCUUGCUUCCCGGGGCAGGGCGGCCCCCAAAUCACCCGCAACCUGCUGGAGAUUGAGGAGACCUUUCAUAAGAACCUAGCACUUCUAAAGUCUGUGAAGAAGACCAUACUGGGUGUAAAGAACACGUCUUGGCAUGAGGACUACAACAGAUUCAGAGCUGCUGUAAAGGACUUGGAGGUAAUGAUGCAGAAUCUCAUCACUACGGCCUUUGAGACGGUACGUGGAGUGGAGCAGGGUGUGGAGCUGCUGGGCAUCUUCCACCAUUUGUCAUCACGAGAGGCCAUAAAGCGUACAUUUGAUAAGAAGACGGUCCAAGUCUACGAGCUGUUCAAGAAUGAGCUCGAUCUGGUGAACAAGGAGCUAGGGAAGAAGGUCCCUACGGUGGCCCCUCACAUGUGUCGCUACGCCGGCCAGGCUCACUGGGCACGGGCCCUGAAGAGGCGAAUCGACCGCCCUAUGGAGAGCCUGUCUAAUGCCCACUUCAUGCCACGCAUUGGCGUCGGAGAGGAGAGCAUUCAGGAGUACCAGCAGCUGGCACAGAAGCUGGAUGAGCUGGUGAGGAAGGUCUUCACCGAAUGGUCACAGUCAGCCGACAAACAGGCCGCAAAGCGACUGGAUAUCCCACUCAUGGUCCGCAGUCAGGAGAAGAUUGGCAUGUUGGAUGUCAACUUUGAUAAGAACCUGCUGAAAAUGUUUGUGGAGAUUUACUACUGGGAGCGGCUUUUAUUCGAGGUACCGCACUAUGUGCUGGACAUUUAUCAGAGGAAGGAGGACCUCAGGAACCUACGUGAGAAUGUUCUGCUGGUGGUGCGGGCCUACAACAGGAUUAUAGCAGCUCUGUCUCCAGAGGAACGUGGACUGUUCAGAGAAAGAAUCCGCUUCUUGGACAAAAAGAUCCAACCUGGUCUCACCAAGUUACACUGGUCAUCCAAAGGAGCAUCAAAUGCCUUCAUCAAUGACUGUCUGCUGCAUGCUAGCAAGAUACAACAAAUUGUGGACAAUUACAAAGCCUCCAACCUGAACAUUUCCCGCUGCGCCCAGAUGAUAAGCGAGACGCUGCUGCUCCAUAUUGAUGGCAAACGGGUCUUCCGAGACCUGGAGUUUCAGGAGGUGCAGGAGGAACACCGGAGGAUUGUGCAUGGUCGUCUGCAGAACCUCCAUGAUGAGAUCUGCAGCCUCAUGAGGGCCACCUAUGAGGUCUUCAGAUUGGACGGCCCUGAGGUCCAGCAGCACUGGGUGAACUAUACUGAGAAGACGGACCGCCUGAUCGAAGAAGCCUUCAGGCUGAACAUCAAGUGGUCUCUUCAGGAGUUGUCAAAGGCCAUUAACGGGGACACCAAAACCACCCAGAGCCCCCUCUUCCGUGUCAUGGUCAUACUACAGAAUGACAUCCCCGGGUCCACAGCCGAGGUGGAGUUCUCUCCCACCCUCUUGCAGCUGGCCAACAUCGUCAGUAGUGUCAGCUCGGAAAUCUUCACCACGGUGUCCAAGUUCAGGAGGCUUCCAGACAUCCUGACUAAGAAGAAAUCCCAGCGGGACCUCAUACACGCCAUCUUGGAACGGGAUGAAGAAAUCAAGAAGAUCCAGGCUCAGAUCAGCGCAGGAAUGGCCACCAAUGCUUCCCUCCUCCAGGCUUACUUGAAAACUUGGGACUCAUUCCGGAUGAUUUGGGAGCCCCAAAAAGAUACGCUGAUCCGUCGAUACCAGAGACUUAACCCCAUGGUGUCUGCAUUUGACGCCGACAUUGCACGAUACACCGAGCUGGCCAACAACGUCCAGAAGCAGGAGACCGUGCAGAACAUCCAGUUCGUCAUGCUGGACUGCAGUCAGCUGAAGUUUGCCUUGGUCCAACAUUGCAACGAGUGGCAGAACAAGUUCACCGGUCUGCUGAGGCACAUGGCCACCGAGAAGCUGAUGGAGCUUCAUGCCUACCUGAGUGAUAAUGCUGAGCGUGUGACGAAGCCUCCCCAAACUCUGGAGGAACUGUCCCAGAGCCUGACCCUAUACGACACCCUUCAGAAUGAGCUCUCCAAGACGGAGAGUCAGAUCAUGCCAAUCCACGACCAGUUUGAAAUCCUUAAGAAAUAUGAGGUGGUUGUGGAGGAAUCUGUCCUCCAGAUGUUGGACUCCCUGAACAAGGUGUGGCUGUCCUUCCAGCAGAGCCUCAUAGACAGCGAGUCCAUGCUGAAAAAGUCCAAAGAGAAGUUCAAAACCGGUCUCAUCCACACCGCCGAGGAGUUCAAGAAGAAGUCUCGAUCAAUUCUGGAGGAAUUUUCUGACAAGGGUCCAUUCUCCAGCUCUGUGGGAUGUGAGAUGGCCUUGGAGCAGAUCUCCACGUUCCAUAAUAUGAUGGACACCCUGAAGGAGGAGGAGAACACCAUCCGCUCCGGUCUGGGCAUGUUUAAGAUAGAACAUCCAAGUUCCAAGGACAUCCAGGCCCUGGAGAAGGACCUGGAUUCUCUGCAGCUUGUGUGGGAAGCCACCAAAGAGUGGGAGCAGAACUGGGGGGAGUGGAAGCGCGGCCGCUUCCUCACCCUGCAGACCGAGGAGAUGGAGAACACGGCACAGGGUCUGUACAGGAGACUCACCAGACUGAGCCGGGAGCUGAAGGACAAGAACUGGGAGGUGCUGGAGACGGCCAGGAGUCGCAUUGACCAGUUCAAGAGAACCCUGCCCCUCAUUGUGGAUCUGAGGAACCCAGCUUUACGGGAGAGGCACUGGACACAAGUGAAGCAGGAGGUCCAGCGGCCAUUUGACCAGGGAGCCGAUGACUUCACAUUGGAGAAAAUCGUGGAACUUGGGUUGGACCAGUUCGUGGAGAAGAUCAGCGAAAUCUCCAUGGCAGCCACCAAAGAGUUGUCCAUAGAGCAGGCUCUGGAGAACAUCUCAAGAACCUGGGAGGAGACCCUGCUGGACAUUGUGCCCUACAAAGACAAGGGUCACCACCGCCUGAGAGGGACAGACGAAGUAUUCCAAGCCUUAGAAGACAACCAAGUCAGCUUAUCGACCAUGAAGGCAUCUCCGUUUGUGAAAGCUUUUGAGCAAGAUGUGGACCGGUGGGAACGCUGCCUUUCCCAUAUCUUGGAGGUCAUCGAGACAGUCCUUACUGUGCAAAGGCAGUGGCUGUAUCUGGAGAACAUCUUCAUGGGAGAAGACAUUAGGAAGCAGCUUCCUCAGGAGUCAGCAGAGUUUGAUGAAGUAAACAUCAACUGGAAGACCAUCAUGGGCCGACUGAACAAGGACAACAACGCCCUGCGAGGCACCCAUCACCCAGGUCUGCUGGAGAAGCUGGGGGAGAUGAACCAGGUCCUGGAGGGAAUACAGAAGUCACUGGACAUGUACCUGGAGACCAAACGGCACAUCUUCCCCCGCUUCUAUUUCUUGUCUAACGAUGACCUGCUGGAGAUCCUUGGCCAAUCCCGGAAUCCUGAAGCUGUCCAGCCACAUCUGAAGAAAUGCUUUGAUAACAUUAAGUCCCUGAAGAUCCAGAAGGUUGGAGUGAGCAAUAAGUUUGAAGCUGGAGGGAUGUUCUCUGCAGAGGGAGAGCAUGUGGAGUUCACCUAUCCUGUGCUAUUAGAGGGUCCCGUGGAGGCCUGGCUCUGUGACAUCGAGAGGACUAUGCGCUGGACCUUGAAGGAAAUUCUAAGGAACUGCCGACUGGCGCUGAAAAAAAUGUCCAGCAAGCGGGACAAGUGGGUGAAGGAGUGGGCAGGACAGGUGCUGCUCACCUCCAGUCAGAUCCAGUGGACCACAGAUGUGACCAAAUCUCUGGUGAUGGCCAAGGAGCGCGCCGACAAGAAGUACCUCAAAGUCAUGAAGAAGAAGCAGAUCUCUAUGCUGAACAAAUACUCCGAUGCCAUCCGGGGAAACCUGACCAAGAUUCUGCGGCUGAAACUGGUGGCCUUGAUAACCGUGGAGGUCCACGCCAGAGACGUCAUUGAUAAGAUGAUUAAGAGCAGCUGCAUGGACGUCUCCUCCUUCGAAUGGUUAAGUCAGCUGCGUUUCUACUGGGAUAAGGAAAUUGAUGACUGUCUCGUUAGACAGACUAACACUCAGUUCCAGUAUGGAUAUGAGUACCUGGGGAAUUCUGGACGCCUGGUGAUCACUCCUUUGACUGACAGGUGUUACAUGACUCUCACCACCGCCCUGCACCUUCACCGCGGAGGAUCUCCUAAGGGCCCUGCUGGUACCGGAAAGACGGAGACGGUGAAAGAUCUGGGGAAGGCUCUGGGGAUGUAUGUGAUCGUGGUGAACUGCUCUGAAGGCCUGGACUAUAAGUCCAUGGGCAGGAUGUACUCCGGUCUGGCUCAGACUGGCGCUUGGGGUUGCUUUGAUGAAUUCAACCGCAUCAACAUUGAAGUCCUGUCAGUGGUCGCCCAGCAGAUCCUCUCCAUCUUGUCUGCGCUGGCCUCUAACCUGACCCGAUUUGUAUUUGAGGGCAGAGAGAUCAACUUGGUGUGGUCUUGUGGUAUCUUCAUCACCAUGAACCCAGGCUACGCCGGCCGCACCGAGCUCCCCGACAACCUCAAGUCCAUGUUCAGACCCAUCUCCAUGGUGGUUCCAGACUCCACUCUGAUCGCAGAGAUCAUCCUGUUUGGAGAAGGGUUCAGCAACUGUAAGCUCCUGGCUAAGAAGGUCUACACCUUGUACUCCCUGGCCGUGCAGCAGCUCUCCAAGCAGGACCACUAUGACUUUGGGCUGAGAGCCCUGACCUCGUUGCUGCGGUACGCUGGAAGGAAGCGCAGAGUCCGGCCAGACUUGUCUGACGAGGAGAUCCUGCUGAUGUCCAUGAAGGAUAUGAACAUCGCCAAGCUGACCUCAGUCGACCUUCCUCUGUUUAAUGGGAUCAUGCAGGAUUUGUUCCCCGGGAUCGACACUCCACCUGUGGAAUACGGAAAGCUACGUGAACAGAUCGAACAAGAGCUUCGUCUCUCCGGCCUGCAAGUUACGCCUUUCACGGUCACUAAAGUCAUCCAGCUGUACGAAACAAAGAGCUCCCGCCACUCCUGCAUGAUCGUGGGGAGGACAUGCAGUGGAAAGACCACUACGUGGCGCUGCCUGCAGGCAGCACUAUCUGCACUCCACCGCGGCGGGGACACUAACUACAAUCUUGUGCGGGAUUUCCCCUUGAACCCUAAAGCCGUGUCACUGGGGGAGCUGUAUGGAGAAUACGACCUGGCGACCAACGAGUGGACAGACGGCAUACUCUCCAGUCUCAUGAGGACAGCCUGUGCAGAUGAGAAGCCAGAUGAGAAGUGGAUCGUGUUUGAUGGCCCUGUGGACACUCUGUGGAUCGAGAGCAUGAAUUCUGUAAUGGACGACAACAAAGUCCUGACUCUCAUUAACGGGGAGAGGAUAGCCAUGCCCGAGCAGGUGUCCUUGUUGUUUGAAGUGGCCGACCUUGCAGUUGCCUCUCCAGCUACGGUAUCACGUUGCGGUAUGGUGUACACGGACUAUACCAGUCUAGGGUGGAAGCCAUACGUCCAGUCCUGGCUGGAGAAGAGAGGAAAGGCAGAAGCAGAGCCGCUGCAGCGCAUGUUCGAUAAGUAUAUUGGGCGUAUUCUAGAUUACAAGAGACUUAACUGCAAGGACCUCGUCCCACAGGAAGAGACCAGUGGGGUCAUCUCUCUCUGCAAACUCUAUGACUCUCUUGCCACACCUGAUAAUGGGGUGAACCCCGCUGACUCGGACAACUACAGCCGGAUGGUGGAGCUCUGGUUCUUAUUCUGCAUGAUCUGGUCCGUCUGUGCGUCAGUGGAUGAAGAUGGAAGGAGGAAAAUCGACAACUUCCUGAGAGAGCUGGAAGGAAGCUUCCCCAACAAGGACACUGUGUAUGAAUAUUUUGUGGAUCCCAAAAGCAAGAACUGGCUGAAUUUUGAGGAGCGGCUGCCGAAGAGUUGGAGGAUCCCGGCCAAUGCCCCAUUCUACAGGAUCAUGGUGCCCACAGUGGACACCGUCCGCUACCAGUUCAUAGUAAAUGCCCUGGUCUCAAACCAAAGCCCGGUGCUACUUGUCGGGCCGGUGGGUACUGGGAAGACCUCCAUCGUUCAAAGCGUCCUGCAGUCCUUAGAUGCUAAUAAGUGGGCGCUGCUGACGGUGAACAUGUCCGCACAGACCACAUCCAACAACGUACAAAACAUUAUUGAAAGUCGGGUGGAGAAACGAACAAAGGGCGUCUACGUCCCCACGGGGGGCAAGCAGCUCCUGACCUUCGCGGAUGACCUCAAUAUGCCGGCCAAGGACACAUUCGGAUCACAGCCACCUCUCGAGCUCCUUCGCCUCUGGAUAGACUAUGGUUUCUGGUACGACCGUCAGAACCAGAGCAUCAAAUAUGUGAAGGACAUGCUCAUUAUGGCUGCGAUGGGUCCUCCUGGAGGCGGCCGUACAGCUAUUUCUGGCCGGCUGCAGAGCAGAUUUAACCUGAUUAACAUGACCUUUCCCUCAGAAUCUCAGAUUAAGCGCAUCUUUGGAACAAUGUUGAGCCAAAAGCUGCAGGAUUUUGAGGAGGAGGUGAAGCCGGUUGGAGACAUAAUCACCCAAGCAACGAUAGAAUUAUAUAACGCCAUUACCCAAAGAUUCCUGCCCACCCCGGCCAAGAUCCACUACUUGUUCAACCUGCGGGACAUCUCCAAGGUGUUCCAGGGAAUGCUGCGAGCCCACCGGGACCUCCAUGACACUAAGCAUUCCAUCACCAGACUGUGGGUCCACGAGUGCUUCAGAGUCUUCUCAGACAGACUGGUGGAUUCUUCGGAUACUGAAGCGUUUACUGGGAUCCUGAGCGAAAAGUUGGGCUCUCUGUUUGACCUCACCUACCACAACCUGUGUCCCAGCAAACACCCACCUGUGUUUGGUGACUUUAUGCGGGAGCCUCCAGUGUAUGAGGACAUCACAGACUUCAAUGCCCUGAAGACGUUCAUGAUGAAUCAGCUGCAGGAGCAGAGUCAGCAGCCCGGUGCCAGCGCCAAGAAGCUGGUCUUGUUCACAGAUGCCAUCCAGCAUGUGACCCGCAUUGUACGUGUAAUCGGUCAGCCGAGAGGAAAUAUGUUACUGAUCGGCAUUGGGGGCAGCGGGCGGCAGAGCCUGGCUCGCCUAGCGGCCUACAUCUGUGACUAUAAGGUCUUCCAGCUGGAGGUGACUCGAGGCUACCGUAAGCAGGAAUUCAGAGAAGACAUCAAAAAACUGUACCGCCUGGCAGGAGUGGACGGCCGACCCACCGUUUUCCUCCUGACGGACACGCAGAUCACCGACGAAUCCUUCCUGGAGGACGUGAACAACGUGCUGAGCUCUGGAGAGGUCCCCAACCUCUAUAAAGCCGAUGAGUUUGAAGAGAUCAAGACCAUUUUACAAGAAAAAGCCAAAGUGGAAAAUGUCCCGGACACUCCAGAAAGCCUCUUCAACUUCCUGAUCGAGAGAGUGCGCAACAAUCUGCACAUAGUCCUCUGUAUGAGCCCCGUGGGCGAUCCCUUCAGGAAUCGCAUCCGUCAGUACCCGGCCCUUGUGAACUGCACGACUAUUGACUGGUUUUCUGAGUGGCCUCUGGAGGCUCUGCUGGAGGUGGCGGAGAGAUAUUUGGAAGGCGUGGAAUUGGGAGGCAUGGAAGGGAUUAAUGGGAAGGUGGCUCGGAUCUUCGUCACCAUGCACCGCUCAGUAGCAGAUUAUUCCCACAAGAUGAAGCUGGAGGUAAAAAGACAAAAUUACAUCACCCCGACCAGCUACCUGGAGGUGGUGUCCCGAUACAAGAGCCUUCUGAGUGAAAAGCGCUCAGAGUUGGGUGAGAAGGCCUCCAAGCUGAGGAAUGGGCUCUACAAGAUCGAUGAGACCAGGGAGAAGGUGGAGAAGAUGUCAGAGCAGCUUGCAAUCGCCAGAAGUAAAGUGGCUGAGUUCCAAAAACAGUGUGAGGAGUAUCUGGUGAUCAUCGUCCAGCAGAGGAGGGAGGCCGAUGAGCAGCAGAAGACGGUGACAGCUCACAGUGAGAAGAUUGGAGCUGAGGAGAUAAAGUGUAAAGCUCUGGCAGACAAUGCCCAGAAAGACCUGGAGGAAGCUCUGCCAGCCCUGGAGGAGGCCAUGAGGGCCUUGGAAACUCUGAACAAGAGGGAUUUGACUGAGAUCAGAGCCUAUGGACGCCCUCCAGCUCUAGUGGAGACCGUAAUGCAAGCCGUCAUGAUCCUGCGGGGAAAUGAACCUACGUGGGCCGAGGCUAAGAGGCAGCUAGGAGAACUCAACUUCAUCAAACAGCUCAUACACUUUGAUAAGGACAACAUCUCGGAGCGGGUUCUGAAGAAGAUCGGACAGUAUUGCGUGCUGCCGGAUUUUCAGCCGGACAUUGUGGGCCGAGUGUCUCUGGCUGCUAGAUCUCUGUGCAUGUGGGUGCGGGCCAUGGAGAUGUACGGACGGAUAUUCCGGGUGGUGGAGCCGAAACGUGCCCGCAUGAACGCUGCCAUGUCCCAGCUGGCAGAAAAACAGGCGUCGCUGGCCGAAGCUCAGAAUAAACUGAGAGAGGUGGGUGAACGUCUGGAGCAGCUGAAGAUGCAGUAUGAUGAGAAACUGGCGCAGAAGGAGCAGCUGCGAGCAGAGGCUGAGAUCAUGGAGGUGAAGCUGCAGAGAGCAGGAACCCUGGUGACUGGACUGGCAGGAGAGAAGACUCGCUGGGAGGAGACGGUCAAGGGUCUGGAACAAGACCUGGGCUUCCUAGUCGGUGACUGCCUCCUGGCCUCGGCCUUCCUGUCAUACAUGGGUCCGUUUCUGUCCAACUACCGAGAGGAGAUACUUUCCAUUUGGAUUAAAGAGGUGCGAGAGAUGUUGGUGCCGUGCUCCCCUCACUUUUCCCUGACAACCUUCCUGUCCAGCCCCACCAUGGUGCGAGAGUGGAACCUGCGGGGGCUGCCCUCCGACAGCUUUUCCAGUGACAACGGCGUCAUCGUCACGCGAGGGAACAGGUGGCCGCUGAUGGUCGAUCCCCAAGGACAAGCCUCCAAGUGGAUAAAGAACAUGGAGUCCGCCAAUCAUCUUAAAGUGAUCGAUCUCCAGAUGCCGGAUUUCAUGCGAAUCCUGGAACAAGCGGUGCAGUUUGGAUUGCCAGCUCUUCUGCAGAAUGUCCAGGAGGAUCUAGACCCAUCUUUGUCUCCCAUCCUAAAUAAAUCAGUGACCAAAAUAGGCGGGAAGCUGCAGAUUCGUCUGGGCGAUAAGGAUGUCGUCUACAACCCUGAGUUCUGUUUCUACAUCACAACCAAACUGUCCAAUCCCCACUACACCCCCGAGAUCAGCUCCCAGACCACCAUCGUCAACUUUGCUGUGAAGGAGCAGGGGCUGGAGGACCAGCUACUGGGUAGCGUGGUGAGGAAGGAGCGACCCGAGCUGGAAGAGCAGAAACAAUCUCUGGUCUUGAACAUUGCGGCCGGGAAACGGAAACUCCAGGAGCUGGAAGACAAGAUUCUCAGGCUCCUAAACGAGGCAACAGGAUCCCUCCUGGACGACGUGCAGCUGGUGAACACCUUACAGACCUCAAAGGUGACGGCCACUGAGGUGAGCGAGCAGCUGGAGAGCAGCGAGGAGACCGAAGAGAAGAUCGAUCUGGCUAGAGAGGCGUACCGCCCCUGUGCCCAGCGAGCUUCUCUCCUCUUCUUCGUCUUGAAUGACCUGGGACGUAUUGACCCCAUGUAUCAGUUCUCCUUGGAUUCCUAUAUUGACCUAUUCCAUCUGAGCAUUGACAAGAGCAAGCGCAGCGCCAACCUGGAGGAGCGGAUCACCAACCUCAACGAGUAUCACACGUACGCCGUCUACAGGUACACCUGCCGCGCCCUCUUUGAAAGGCACAAGCUGCUCUUCAGCUUCCAGAUGUGCGCCAAGAUCCUCCAAGUGGCUGGAAAGCUCAACAUGGACGAAUAUAACUUCUUCCUGCGCGGGGGAGUGGUCCUGGACCGAGAAGAGCAGAUGGACAAUCCUUGCCCAGGGUGGCUUUCUGAUGCCAACUGGGAUAACAUUACAGAGCUGGACAAGCUGGCGAACUUCCAUGGCAUAAUGAACUCUUUUGAGCAGUAUCCACGAGACUGGCACCAGUGGUACACCAGCCCUGAGCCCGAGAGCUCCUGUCUGCCAGGUGAAUGGGAGAACGCCUGCAGCGAGGUGCAGAGGAUGCUGAUUGUCCGCUCCCUGCGGCAAGACCGCGUGGCCUUCUGCGUGACGGCCUUCAUCAUCAACAAUCUGGGGUCAAAGUUUACCGAGCCCCCUGUGCUGGAUAUGCGGGCGGUGGUUGAAGACUCCCUUCCUCGCUCUCCCCUGGUCUUCGUCCUCUCCCCUGGGGUAGAUCCGACCAGUGCCCUCCUUCAGCUGGCAGACCAGUGCGGGAUGUCCCAGAAAUUCCAGGCGCUCUCCCUAGGACAAGGCCAAGCUCCAAUCGCCACCCGCAUGAUCAAGGAGGGAGUCAAAGAUGGGUACUGGGUGUUCUUAGCCAAUUGUCACCUGUCGCUCUCAUGGAUGCCACAACUGGACAAGUUGGUGGAGCAGCUGCAGGUGGAGGACCCGCACCCCAGCUUCAGACUCUGGCUGAGCUCGAGCCCCCAUCCAGACUUUCCCAUCUCUAUACUCCAGGCCAGCAUUAAGAUGACCACCGAGCCCCCCAAGGGGCUGCGUGCCAACAUGAAGCGCCUGUACCAGCUGAUCACCGAGCCUCAGUUCUCCCGCUGCAGCAAGACAUCCAGCUACCGCCGCCUGCUCUUCUCUCUCUGCUUCUUUCACAGUGUCCUACUGGAGCGCAGGAAAUUCCUCCAGCUCGGCUGGAACAUUGUGUAUGGCUUCAAUGACUCUGACUUUGAGGUAUCGGAGAACCUGCUCAGUCUAUAUCUCGAUGAAUACGAGGAGACACCUUGGGAAGCCCUGAAGUAUCUGAUUGCAGGCGUCAAUUAUGGCGGUCAUGUGACAGACGACUGGGACCGACGGCUUCUAGGAACCUACAUUAAUGAUUACUUCUGUGAAUCUGCUCUGAGCACCCCAUUCUACAGACUCUCCAUCCUUGACACAUACUACAUCCCCCGAGAUGGGCCGCUGGCAUCAUACAAGGAGUUCAUUGGCUUGUUACCCACCGUGGAUCAUCCUGAGGCCUUCGGGCAGCACCCCAAUGCAGAUAUCGCCAGUCAGAUCACCGAGGCACGGACACUGUUUGACACGCUGCUCUCACUGCAACCCCAAGUCACUCAAAGCGCAUCUGGAGGACAAACCCGUGAGGACAAGGUGUUGGAGUUAUUGGAGGAUGUUCGACAGAAGAUUCCUCAAGAAAUUGAUUAUGAGGGAACAAGGAAAAUGCUGAGUGACGAUCCGAAUCCUCUGAACGUCGUCCUUUUACAAGAGAUCCAGAGAUACAACGCUCUGCUGAGCACAAUCAGGUCUUCGCUACUAGAUCUGGAACGUGGUAUUCAAGGCUUGGUGGUCAUGUCUACUGAGCUGGAGGAAAUCUUCACCUGCAUAUAUGACGCACGUGUACCCACACUGUGGGAGAAGGCUUACCCAUCGCUGAAACCACUGGCAUCCUGGACACGAGAUCUGGCCUUACGUGUGGAGAUGUUUGCUCGCUGGGCAGAGACAGCACAUCCACCCGUCCUUUAUUGGCUUUCAGCGUUCACAUUCCCAACUGGAUUUUUGACCGCCGUACUCCAGAGUGCAGCCAGACAAAACAAUGUGUCGGUCGAUUCUCUGUCCUGGGAAUUCAUUGUCUCCACAGUAGAUGAUAACAACCUGGUGUAUCCUCCAAAGGAUGGGGUAUGGGUCCGUGGCUUGUACCUGGAAGGCGCCGGCUGGGAUAAGAAGAACUCCUGUCUAAUGGACGCGGAACCAAUGCAGCUUGUGUGUCCUCUCCCAACUGUGCACUUCCGACCCACAGAGAGCAAGAAGAAGAGCAGCAAAGGACUGUAUUCCUGCCCCUGCUAUUACUACCCGGUCCGGUGUGGGUCCUCUGGUCGAGCUUCCUUUGUGAUCGGAGUGGAUCUUAAAACGGGGUCGUCACCACCGGAGCACUGGAUCAAGAGAGGAACCGCUUUACUCAUGAGUCUGGACAGUUAGAGCAGCGGGUCUUCUCGCCACCGGUUCCAUUGCUCGGUCUGCAGAUGGGUCCUGUAUAGUCCAUAUAUGUAUUUAUUCCUGUAAAUGGCCUUUGCAGCACAUUAAAGU